AUGAAAGGACUAUCAGGCUUGCGCAGAGAGAAUUCCUACCACCAGCCAUUUGCAAAGCAAGACAACACGAUAUGUGCUCGGCUACGUCGAGUUUUCAGAGGUCCACCGAAGCAGACACCGAAGCCACAAUAUCGGGAUGAGAAGAAAUACCGACAUGUUCCAACACACUCGGCAUCGUCAUUUCUCAAGACUGCUACAACGCCAGUAAUGAUCCAAGCCCUUGUGGAUCAACACCACGAGCCGCAGUUAGACAAUAUCAGAGUGUCGGUCACGCCCAACCCAGUCUCGCCGGGACACACGCCACCACCUCAUAGCCUUAUCUGA